AGCGCGUAGAAUGCCGAGGCCUUUUGUCGGGAAUCCCAUGUCAAACUGGCUCUGCAUCUCAUUAAUCCCCUGUCUUUCCAGUCAAAUGAUGAGACUUUCAGCUGACGUACCCUUGCUUUAAGAGGUAACAGCACGGAUCUCCUGACUGCUCUAGUUUCCUAUCUCAUAGCCCAAUAUACUGUUCAAGAUUAUGCAUAGAGUAAAGCAUUCCCUGGUUUCAUGGAUAACAUUGACUGGAGACGGGCUAUAACGGGCAGCAAGAAACGAAUGAUGAUGCAACUCCUGGAUGUCAGACCAUCGGAUGGAAAAGCUAACCAACAGCGCAAGGUUCCUACGGAAGCCACCUCGAGAGCUGAUGGUCUAGACAAUCAGUUAAGCACGGAAAUUACCUUCUCAUAACCCCUAAAUUGCAACGAUGCACCAUUCACGGUGGUUCCCUUGUAAUUUCUUAUUUCCGCGACUCAUGACACAGCAAGCACGAAACUAAUGCUAAGUCAACAGGAUUCUGGCUCAAUAUAAGUACCCGCCCAAUCCUUAUCGGAGACUUGAAUUUUGUAGGAUCACCGCUAGCAAGGAAGCCCUGUCAUAAAGAAUAUCCCUCGCUAAUAUGAAGCUCUCAACUGUGCUUACUGUGGCCACAUCCAUUCUCAUCUCCGUCGCGAGUGCCGACCCAAUUUUCUCGGAGGCCGACAGCAUCCAUAGUAUCUGUUGGAAGGUAUGCUUCAACGAAAAGCCCCAUUGCCCACAUGGCUGGUACGCUAAGAAAUUCGGGCACUGUUGGACUUGCUGCAAAGACACGGGCACCGCCGAAUCUGAAUUCGACCUCUUCGAGUUGUAGGAACGAGGAUCGGGAGAAAUUAGUUUCUGUUGCUAGAUUGUGG